UCAAUCAUUAACGAAGGAAUCAGGGAUUUUAGUUAGGGUUUCUUUUGCGCUGCGCCAGGAAGAUUGAAUUUGGGAGGGAGAAUCUGAGUUUGGAAUCCCAGCUGCUGAUCUCCGUGCUUCUUCGAUACCUGAGUUGCAGUGAAAGUUACUUGCAAUCAUGACAGAGUACUGGGUUAGUCAGGGUAACAAGUGGUGUGACACCUGCAAAAUUUAUAUAUCCAACAAUCCUGCCAGCAUUAGAAAUCAUGAGCUUGGUCAGCGACACAAGGAUAAUGUUUCCAAGAGGCUUAAUUCCAUGCGAGAGGAGAAAGCUAAGAAAGAAAAAGAAGAAAAGCAAGCAGCCCGUGUCCUCGAACAGAUAGAAGCAAAAGCCAAGCGCAGUUAUCAGAAGGAUUUAGCAACUUUUCAAGAGGCAAGAGAGACUAACGCACAGGCGCUUGUUGCUGAUGAUGAAUUUGCCAUGCCUGGAGAUUGGGAGCUUGACAGUGCAUCAGGGUACUACUACUGCCAGAUGAACAAUGGUUACUAUGAUCCUAACUCCGGCUUUUAUUAUACAGAUGCUUUAGGCAAAUGGGUGACACAAGAAGUGGCCCUUGCUUCAUUUCAAAAUUCUUCCAUGUCUGCUCAGAAGAAGCCUAGUUUAGGGAAGCCACCGUCAGUAUCCGAGAAUAAACCAGGUGCUGAUAGUAAAACUGCUUCAACUGCUCAAACUGGCCCUCCACCAGGGCGCGUGGUCUCCACACCACUCAACCCUACUAGAUCUGUCAAGGGUGCUCCAUCCUCAAUUGCUGUUAAGAGAAAAAGACAAAAUGAGAAGCCUAAAACCCUGUCUAAAGAGGAAGCUGAUGCCCUUAAGGCUAGGGAAGCUGCCAGAAAAAGAGUCGAACAGAGAGAAAAGCCAUUGCUUGGUCUUUAUAAGCACUGAUAUGCACUUGCUUUGAGGAGAUCUUUCAUGCCUUUCCAAGAUGAAACCUGAAGCAGGGAAUGAGCAAUUGGACUCUGAUCAGCUGGCACAACAAUAUCUACGCCUGCUUACUCAGCGCAAACAUAAUUGCAGAAAAAAAGCUUGAAUGCAGUGUUUGUUUUCAAAACCCUAAACUGUGUAUAUUUUAUAAGUAUGUUAUGAUAAGAAUACAACUUGGCAUUGAUUAUUGAAAUUUCCUUGAGGUGAUUAUACUUGACUAUAAUUGUUCAUGAAACUUUUUGCAAUAUGUCAUUAACAUCUCUACUAUUUCCCAAUAUAGAGUGCCGUCUGCAAA